GCAAAGCGUUAAAGUUUGAUUAUAAAUGUUAAUAAUAGGGUCUUAUACUUAACAUCCAAGUAUAAGUUAUUGUAAGGCUCAGUUGAAUACAAGACUUCGCGAUGAACGGACAUGUGAGAAAUUAAAAAGGAAAUCGUGAUUUAUUUAAUAACAAUAAACCAAAGAGUAUUUAUAUCUGAUUAACUUCUAAUAUGCCAUAAAAACUUUUAGAAUUUUUAGAAAACUGUCAAAAAAAUUCACCGUAUAGACGAUAAUAUUCAAUGUAUUUUGUGAUGAAAAUUGUGCUUAUAAGUUUUUGAUUUCAAAAUGGAUAAAUUUGUAAAGAGAGUCAAAGUGUGGAGUGGUGUGUCCAGAAAACCGUCGACUCCCGAGCUGAGCAGGAGCCAGUAUUCGCUUGUGUCAACUGGUGAGCUGACAACAGAAGCGCUCCAGGUCUGGCUGAAGUUGCCAAGGAAGAUCAAAUACGAUCCGGAGUUGGAAUCAUUCCAGAAAUGCUAUGAAAAAGAAAUCGCUAACAAACAAGAAAAUAUACCACUGAAGCUGAAGAAUGGCUCGACACCGGAAACGAAGCGGCUGCCACUCGUCAAAUCAGCUCCACAUUUGAACAACAAUAGGAUUGAGGAAUCACCAAGUGCUGGAAAGUUAGAUGGGGUUGAAAUUCAAAGCCCGGGCAAACACGAUGAGGGCAUCGAAAAUCACCCUACAUCAAAAUAUCCGAUGUUAGCAAAGGCAGGACGUUACGUGAAAAUGACAAUGUUGCUGUCCGGCUGGGUUUUCUUCACGCUGAUUUUCCUGAUGUACAACGAGAAGGAAGAAAUCAUAAGGAACUCUUCAGUCAAUCCAGGAGAAAUUAAGAAUUACAUAAUAAACGUAUCGGAUAGCCAACUUACUCUACUAGUUAAAUUAUCCGGACCGUUCCUAACAGAGCAAGCGGAAGGGAGAAUGAAUACAUCAGAGCAAGAUGGCUAUAGAAAAAUGGACGUUUGGCUCGAAACGUGGUCGAAGGAUAUGGAAAACGACGGUAAAGAGAUAUCACAACUCUGGACAAUUAUGCUACAGGAGAAUGAUUUAGACUUCAGAGAAGGGGAGCCCCGUUCGGCCAUCUUGAAUAUUGAGACGAAUCGGACCAAUCACAGUGUUUACGCGUUACGUAUGCGUACGUCAGCCAAUGAGAGCAUGCCGUUUACUAUGAACUACAAGAUAAAUCCGCUAGAUGCCAGCACAGGUGUUUUGUAUUCUUGCAUCCUGCUCUUUGGAUUGUAUGUGUUAAUUAUAUUCGAGAUAAUCAACCGCACAAUGGCAGCUGUUCUCAUAUCAACUGCAUCUCUGGCCGUCCUCUCUCUUAUUGGUGAGAGACCCUCGCUCCCAGAACUAAUCUCCUGGCUGGACAUGGAAACUCUGCUGCUACUGUUCAGUAUGAUGAUCCUGGUCGCGAUAAUGGCUGAAACUGGGAUGUUUGAUUUCCUAGCAGUGUUCACGUUUGAAGUGACCAAAGGGAAACUGUGGCCAUUGAUAACUCUACUCUGUGCUAUCACAGCGUUGCUGUCAACGUUUUUGGACAACGUCACAACUGUCCUGUUGAUGACUCCAGUGACAAUUAGAUUAUGCGAAGUGAUGGACAUGGAUCCCGUGCCAAUAUUAAUGUCUAUGGUACUCUUCAGUAACAUAGGGGGUACUGCUACCCCUGUUGGUGAUCCCCCUAAUGUCAUCAUUGCUUCGAAUAAGGCUGUUGUACUAGCGGGCAUAAAUUUCACAAAUUUCACUAUGCAUAUGACGCUUGGUAUACUUCUGGUGUGCGUACAAACAUACUUCCAGCUCAGAUAUAUAUACAGGGACACCAGCAAGCUACGUCUCAAUGUGCCUAGAGAUAUUCAAGAUCUUCGUCAUCAAAUUUCAAUAUGGCGUCGAGCGAUAGAAUCUCUCCCUCACUUGAGUAAAGAUCAGCACGUAGUGAGAGAGAGGCUGGAAAGGAAGAUGAAGAAGUUAACAGUCCAGUUGGAUACGAUGGUCAAAGAGAGUUCGAAGAGAGUCUGCCCGAAGGAGACCUUUCAAAAUACCCUCGGACAACUAAAGGAGAAAUACAAAAUCCGCGACAAGAUAUUACUUCUGAAGUCAACGAUCGCCAUAAGUUUUGUCGUUGCCGUUUUCUUCUUGCACUCGAUACCGGAAUUAAAUCGAGUGUCUCUCGGCUGGACAGCCCUUUUGGGCGCCAUUUUGCUGCUAACGCUCGCCGAUCGAGAGGACCUGGAACCGAUAUUGCAUAGGGUCGAAUGGUCUACGUUACUGUUUUUUGCGUCACUGUUCGUACUUAUGGAAGCUCUUUCGAAACUUGGUCUUAUCACAUUCAUCGGAGGUCUGACAGAAUCACUCAUAUUAAAAGUCGACGAAAACGGUAGACUAGCUGUGGCCAUUCUACUUCUAUUGUGGGUAUCAGGCAUUACCUCAGCAUUCGUUGACAACAUACCGCUCACGACUAUGAUGGUGCGCGUGGUCAUCGCGCUGGGAUCCAAUCCCACGUUGAACUUGCCCAUCACUCCACUCAUUUGGUCUCUAUCGUUCGGGGCCUGUUUAGGAGGCAACGGAACAUUGAUCGGUGCAAGUGCGAACGUUGUCUGCGCGGGAGUCGCUGAACAGCACGGCUACAGAUUCACAUUCAUGCAGUUCUUCAAGAUCGGUUUCCCGGUUAUGAUUGGCCAUCUCAUCGUCGCUUCCGGCUAUUUGCUUCUCUGUCAUUGCGUCUUCACUUGGCAUUGAAAAUCAUAACCUAUGGUAGAAACAAGUAACUCAACUGACCGUUAUCAUGUAACCUACCUCGGUAGAAGGAAAAUUUAAGUGUAUAAUAUAGUACGCAAUCAUAUAUAUCCUAUUCCAACCACAGGAGGAGUCGAGACAAAUAAACAACUUUGACUUUGAAAUGACGUGAUAUCAUUGGUCGAGAUCUUGAAUCUAUGAUAUUUGUUGUAAUCGGAACUUUGGAAGUUAAAUUAAAGUGGUUAUAAAUAGUUAAGUGGAAUAGUAUUGUAUUAUAAAUAAAGGGUUCUUGAUUAAUUUAUUAAUCAAGAACUGUUGUAGUGCGUAAUAUAGCAGAAUUAUUAGCAAAUCGCGUGGAGUGUGUAAAUUUAAGGUUCGCUUAUCUUUGCUUCUCCUUCGAUUGGGAUAGGGUGUAGGUAUCAAUGUAUGUUUUAAACUUGACAAACUCACUUCUUCUUCCCCAAAGAUAUAUCAAAUGUAUGGAGUGCCGCCAGAUGUAUUAACAGUGUACAUUAUUCUAAAAUAAGUAAACCACACAACAAAAUUAUUUUAUAUAUUUAUAUAAAACGUCUUCGUUUCUUGCUUUAAAACAAAAUAUUUGCAAUACCAAAACACACGGCGGUAAAGCCGCCAUCUUGUUGGACAUGUCAUCUUGUCUUUUUUUUUCUUUUUUAUGACAAUGACGAAGCGGUAUCAUCCCAUUAUUAUUAUUGACAUUCCGAUCAAUGAAUUAAAUUAAAUGUUAUUUGACAACAAAUGUCAUUCAAUUUUCAUGUUGACAUUGUUUUGACGUCACGGUUUAACCACAGUGUAAAUUAAUCCUAGAAAUGCGAAUAUACCAUUAAGAUAAAUAUGUCAAUAAAAACUAAAUAAAACAGUAGUUGAUUGUUAUAAAUACAUUGUAUAGAAUUUACUUGAUUUUUUUAACAUGGUUUAUAUUUUUACUUUAGUAAAUAAUAUAUUUGCAAACAACACAACACUAUUAGCUUAGAUUUAUUCAAUCAAUCUACAAAUCGGUUUAUAAACCUUUUAUAAUAUGUACUUUGUUAUGUAAUAAGAAAUAGUCAUAAGUAUAAUCCGUUCGUGUUGUAUUGACGUCACUAUCAGGUUGAUGGGCAAAAUGGCACACCAAUAAACAAGCUCUUUUUUUAAUCGAUUGGUACUUUUGCUUGUUUAACUCUACAUAUCGUGAGGUCAAUGCAAUUAUACAAUAAUGCCUAGUACUAAGUAAAGUCCGUUCGUUGAGAGAACGCGUUCACGGCUAGAUAUAGAUAUUUAUAAUAGAGUUCCGCUGUCUAUACUUGAGUUGCUACUAAGGAGGUUUAUAUUAGCUAUUAAAAUAAUUUCAUAACUAUAAAUCUUAUUACUCCGUUUCUGAAUAUAUAUCUGACAAAAUGCAUCGAUUGAAUGAUUGCUGGAACUCGUGUAGAAACUAAACAAUUGUGAGUGAUUUAUAUAAAUUUGUAUUUAGUUGCUAUUUAGCUUCUGGCCGAUUAAUCUCGGUAGUCACUUCAAUGUUACGUAGUUCAUUCGAUAAACGGGCUCUCAACGGGCGGAUCCAAUAUUUGUAAAUAGGUUGUGUAAAAACAAUUUAAAUGAGUUAAAUUAAGAUUUAAUUUCAUUGAAUCUAUGUACCUUUAUAUACCUGUGAUAGUUGAUCAUUAUGUACUUAAAUUCAUGUACAUAUAUUUAAAGUGUUGAAAUGUUUAGAGGACUUAUUCAGACCUGGUUAGUAGAAAGUGUAUAAUGUCACACAGCUGGGCAGACGCGGAUUAACCGUUUAUGUAAUGUAUAUAUCUGGGUCCGGCGCCACCUGGAGUAAUUAAGCUGCAAGGAAACAUGAACCGGUUUCAGAUGGUUUAUAAUUCCUACAGUGCCAAUAUCUAUGUGUGAUGGUGACAACUUAAUAUAAAUUAGAAAAUGAACCGGUAAACGAUCCUAAACACCGUAAAAAUACCCAAAAUAUGCGGAAAAGACUAUCAGAUUGUUCACUUGAUCCAGGAUUGUUUUAUUGUCGUUAGUUCAAUUCAGGAAGAUCCGUGUCACUAUUGCAGCUUACAUUGCUCCAGAAACGGAUUUAGGGCAUCCCGGGAUAUAGCCCUAGGUUCCAACAUGAGAGGGGCAUCCGCAGAAAGAUUAAAUAUUUUUAAACUAAUUACUUUUAUUCAAUUUAUUUUUACAAUAUAUAUACAGUAUUUUUAUAAUAUGUUCACACUUUACCAUUUUAGUUGACUAAUAUUUAUUGCUCAACAAAAUUGAAAACUCUAAAGUUAAAAGACAGCAAACUAUCUAAGUUAUUCCAAUUCAUUGUUAGUCUGUUCGGACCUCUUAAGUAGCUUUUGAUUGAGCGGUUGAACAUCAAAAAUCGCCUCUUCUUAACUCGCUGAUAAGAAUCUUAUAACUAUGACAAUUGUAUAAUUUUUGUCUUUUUUUAUAAUUUGGGUAGGCGGACGAGCAUACGGGUCACCUGAUGGUAAGUGGUCACCAACGCCCAUAGACAUUGUAAAAAUAUUAAUCAUCGCUUACAUCGCCAAUGUGUCAAACCUUGAGCACUAAGAUGUUAUGUCCCUUGUGUCCAUAAUUACACUGGCUCACUCACCCUUCAAACCGGUACACGACAAAACCAAGUGCUGUUGUUUCGCGGUAGAAUAUCUGAUGAGUGGGUGGCACCUACACAGACGAGCUUGCACAAAGCCACCUGUAAAAAGUCCAGUCUGUUCCACAAACGAAUUCCUAUCUUUGUCUAAGUCUGUUGUGUAAACUAUUAAAUUUGUUAACUAUGAAAUAAAGAAGGUUUAUUUAAAAAGUGUGUAUAUAAAAUAAUAUAUGUAUAUUGCUUUAUUUAUAUCUAAUGUAAUCGUAGUAGUAUAUAAAGUGAUAAUUAUUUAAUAAAAAUACUUUUAGAAAUAA